AUGUCUCUAAAAGAUAACAGCAGUGAUUCACAAUCUCAAGAAAAAGAGAAGACGGCUGAUCAAGAAAACGGCACUAAAAUGAGGCAAAAGUAUGACGAGGGAGACGCUGGAGACGGUAGUAAGAGGGAAGAUCAUUAUUUAAAAGGAUCAAAAUUGGCGUUUGCUUUGCUGUCGAUAUACCUUAUGAUUUUCCUUUAUGCGUUAGAUCUGACGAUAGUAUCAACAAUAAUCUCAGAAGUUAGUAAUAAAUUUGAUGGAUUUGACAAAAUAGGAUGGCUCAUAUCAGGAUACAUGUUGAGUAUGAGUGUAUUCAUUUCUACAUGGGGAAAGCUUUCAAUCAUAUUCGGCAGAAAAUACGCAGCUUACGUCGCAAUUGUUCUCUUUGAGGCUGGUUCCUUAAUGUGUGCCUUGGCUAAUACCAUGAAUGUGUUGAUUGGAGGUCGAGUAUUGGCAGGUGUCGGUGCCGGAGGAAUACAGGCUCUAAGCUUUAUUAUAGUUACUGAAACAGUUCCAAUGGAAAAAAGGCCACUAGCUAUGGCAGGAAUGGGUGCAGCCUUCGCGAUAGGAAGCGUUGGAGGGCCAUUAUUGGGAGGAGUCUUCACAACUCAUGUCACAUGGAGGUGGUGUUUUUAUAUCAAUUUACCUCUCGGUGGGAUAUCCCUCUUGUGUCUCUAUUUUGUGUAUAAUCCUCCGAAGCCUGUUGGAAAUUGGAAACAAAAGUUAUUGAAAAUUGACUAUCUAGGAGUAUUCUUAUUGACUGCGGGGUUGAUACUCUCCUUAUUAGCAGUUACAUUAGGUUCUGGUAAUGGUUAUGACUGGAAUUCUGUGGCAGUAGUUUGCUGCUUUGUCUUCGGGGGUUCAACUUUAAUAGUGUUCUUUAUUUGGAAUUUUAAAUUGUCAAAAAAUCCAAUAAUCCCUUAUGAAGUUGUGGCCACUUACCAAGUGAUUGCGGCUUGUCUUACUGUCGGAGGAAUGUACGGAUCAUUUAUGGGAUCCUAUAUAUAUCUAGCCACCUAUUUUCAAGUGAUCAAAGGAAAAAGCGCAUGGAUGUCUGGGAUAUAUCUACUUCCGAUCAUAGUACCUAUGGUUUCAUUUACCGUGAUUACGGGAGUCCUCAUUAAAACAACGAGGUUGGUAAAACCAUUCAUAGUUUUCAGCAGCAUACUAUUUCCCGUGUCCGUUGGAAUUACGAGCAUUUUAGAGACUGACCUGUCGAAAUCUAAACAAAUCGGACUAAUUAUACUUAAUGGGGCUAUUGGUGGAAUACAAUUUCAAUCAGGAAUAAUGGGGGUACAGUUAGCAGCACCAAGGAUCGCUGGUGGUGCAAUAAGUGCUAUUACGUUUAAUAAUUUUCUAAGGGCAUUUUUGGGUACCAUAGCUUCGGAGUUGGCAAAUACUGUUUUCAAUUCUUCCUUUAAAAAUAAAUUUAAGAAUGCUGUGAUGCAUCUCCAAAAUAAGGAAAUCAAGAAUGAGCUCGCGGCUAUUAGUGCUUCAGAAAUUACUACUUCUGCGAAGACGAUCGAAUCUCUCUCGCCUCAAGCUCAAAGAAUAGUGAAAGGUUUAGCCAUGGGAGCAAUAAAAAAUGUAUUUUAUAUGUGUAUUGGAUUUGCAGCCAUAUCUACCAUUUCCAGUCUUUUUAUAACAAAUGCAAAGGUCCCAGAAGACAUAAAAGAUGAAUAA